AUGUCGGUGUCCACUAACAUGACAGACUACAUGCUGCUGAAUGCUACCACAGAGAUCCCACUUUGUCAUUUAUGUCUCAGCAAAAAAGAGUCAGCUAUCGCUGGCCUUGUCCCCUAUAUCCUUCUGUCCUUUCUCCUUGCCUUCUGCUCUGCCACAGUCAACUACAUCAUGCCUUUUGUUUUUGGGGCCAUCACUGCCACUUUAAUUUUUGAAGCAGUGGCUCUGGUUGCAAGUUCUUGGGCUCUGGUGGUUUCCGGGAUUCUUGAGUUGCUCAUUCUGAUCUUCGCCAUCUAUGGUUCAGCUGCUCUGCUUGUCAAAGGUCUGACUCAGCGUCUGGCCCUCAAAGGCUUCGGGACCCCCCUCUUUAAUGUUCUGCUGCUUGGUACCGCCAACUCCUCAAGCACACAAAGCAGUGGCCAAGAGAAGAAGAAAAACACAAAGUACGCAGAACCAAUGGCAUUGGGUUUCUUCUGUGACACUGUUGCACCCUUCAUCUUCGCCUUCUACAGCUUUGGGUACAUGAAGUCCUUUGGCUUGGGAGCUGUAUGGGUGUCAAUCAUCUCAGUUGCCCAGCUGUUCUCCAGCUACUACGCCCAUCUGCGCCAAGAUUGCUACCACACUACAAAGUUUGGUCUUCAUGCCACAUAUUGGCUGAUCAAAGCUUGGGAUGAGUUUGUGGCCUCUGCUCUGAUUGUGGAGGACAGUGAAGUGACCUCAGGGAGGGAAAUGAUGGUGGGGAACUGGUUCUUUGUGGUGGCAGCAUUGGUGCUCUGUUGUGGAAGCCUGAACAUGGAUGUCCUGGAGUUGAUCCACAACUUGCUCUUUGUCCUGCUCACAGUUUCCACAAUUCCCCAGAUCCCUAUCCAGGGAUACUACAUCUUCUUUGGUGUAGCUUGCUCUCUCUUCUCUGCAGCCUCCCUAUAUGGUACCUUCUCACGUCUCAUCAACACCAUCGCAGAGAAGUCUCUCAUCCCUGUGGGACCACAGCCCAUCUCGAGUGACCAGCUAAAGAAGGCUUUGACAUGUGGCAGGUCUAAACAGGAAGACCAGGAGGUGUUUUUCCAAACUGACCAGACUUCAGAUGCCCUGUUCUACCUGUCAAAUGGGGUUGCAGCUCUCUCAGCUCUUCAUGCUGCUGUUUCCAGUACAAACCCCUCUUUCCUCCAUCUGACUAUCCCCUGGGUCCUCAUCUCAGGAGCUAUCAUCCAGGCCUACGUCAGUCGGCUGCAAGUCACAGGAGCAGGCCGGUUUGGAUCAGUCAUGUCUUCCAUCUAUGUGGCAGUAUGGGCCACGUGGACGUGGUUUAGGUUUGCAGGUAACCUGCUUCAGCUUUCCACAGGUGCUGCUUACGGUUUUACAGCAGGAGCCAUUGCUUUCCUCGUUAUUAAUGCCUUCCUCAUGCUGAUUGCUGCCUAUAGGAACCUGGUUUUGCUGUUUCUAACUGCAUUCAUGGAGGUCGUACUGGUCUGUUUCCUGCUUUCCACCCUGCAGCGACUGCCAUACCAGCUGGAGAUGGCCAUGCUUGCUAUACUUUCCAUAAUUUGUAUAUAUGGAGCUUUGGCAUCAUUGGUGAAUUGUGUCUUCUCUCAGAGACUUCUACCUAUGGGUCCUGCUUUAUUGAAGAAAGAAGUGAAGCAGGAGACUGCUCCAGAACUACCUUGUCCUGUGGCUAACUCUCGACUUACCAGUGGUCUUGUGAAGAUUGCUGGUCUUCUGGAGGAAGGGGGAGUAUGUGGCGUUCCCACAGAUACUGUGUAUGCCCUGGCUGCAUCCUGCAAGAACCCUCAGGCGAUAGAGAAAAUCUAUAACAUUAAAGACAGACCAGCAGAGAAGCCCAUCUGUAUUUGCAUUUCUAGUGUGGAACAGCUGGUGGCAGCCAAACCUCCCUUUAGUCCUCUGCUCUGGGAGUUUAUGAGGAAUGUGUAUCCUGGAGGCAUCAGCUGCAUUGUCAGCAAAGGAGACUGGCUGUUAAGACUAGGAGUGGGACCAGCUUAUGACCGUGUUGGUACAAAAGACAGCAUCAUGAUCCGUGUCCCUGACCACACUGUGACCAGCCACCUAUGUGACAUCACUGGACCGCUUGCCAUUACCUCAGCCAAUCCCAGUGGAGAGCCAGACAGCACCCACCACAGCAUGGUCAUUAAUCGACUGGGACACAAGAUCCAAGGGGUCCUAUGUGAUGGAGAGUCUAAUGAAGUUGUAGCUUCCACCGUCGUCAACUGCCUGAAGAUUGAUGAAGGAACAAUCACCAUUGUAAGGGAAGGCUGUGUCCCUGCGGGAAAAGUCCGACAGAUCUUUGACAGAGUGAAAAACACUCUGGUGUGA